GUGGGGUGUUUUAGCUGGUUUGGUUGCAGGCAGUAGGGAGAAGGAUGGGUGGAGCUUUCUGUUCCAAAUUUGCCCCCCCCAACCCCCGCCCGCAAGUGCCGUUGACAGAGUGCAGGCGGGAAGCUUCGGCUUGGGUAGAGAUGUAGCACCAAACAUUCACGGAUGUCCAGGGAACACGGGCACACAGGCUGCUGGCCAGAGGUACUAGGAAGGUACAGGCGGGAACCCGACGAGGACGCACCUUCCUCUUGUCUUGGAAAGCCUCCAGAGUGCUUGGACCACGGGUGUAGGCUGCCACAUCUGGCUUCUCAACUAGGUCAGAGAAGGCGUCAGAGCCCCUGAAGCUGGACUUACAAGCAAUUCUGACCAGCCCAGUAUCAUUACUGAAAACUGAACUCGGGACCUCUGGAAGACACACACGUGCUCCUAACUGCUGAGCUAUCUCUCCAGCCCCUGCUGGUUUAUGUUUUGAUAGUGAUGGGCCUGCCGGAAGCUGAUGCAUCACUCUGGGGUGGGGGGGGGCCUCGGCCCGAGUGAGAAAUGCCAAAGGCCGAAACUGGGAUUCCCUGACUGCUGGACAUCCAGAAGCUGGAAAACUGAUUAUCAUCUGCUGAGGUCAGGGGUCAUAUCUCACAUCAUCUCAGACCUGGAACCAAGAAUGAUGUCUGGCCUCCGGAAGGUGCUCUAUCCACAGUAGUGGAGCUGAAAGAAACCGAAUCAAACAUCAACCAAAGAAAACUGCCGAGCUGUGCCAAAGCCUCUGUCUGUUAGUCUUACAAGGCAGAUCACAAAGUGAUUGGUUCUUUUGAACAGAAAUACAGUAACAUGUGACAGGCAUUCACGCCCCCUCACUUACUGCUUCCCUGUUUGUGAAUACUUCCCCAGACGAGUGAGAUCCAAAGAGGAAAAUGUACACAGAUGUCCUGGCAACUGUAGUUAUAACAGUGAAAAACUGGAAGCAGUCCAAGGUGCUAACGGGGAAGUGACUGAGCAAACAAUGGGAUUAUUAUAUAGCUAUUAAAAAUGACAGAGGUGAGAACUGUCAACAUGGAGAGCUAUGUACUGGCAGGGAUGCUAAGUGGAAAGAAGAACACAGAUUGGCGUUUAAGGAUGUGUGUGCACAGUAAUAAAGAUCAGAAGCCAAUCUGGAAAAAAAAAAUGGAAACGACUGCAGCUCAGAGUUGUCUGUGUGUUUUGGAGCCUGAAGGAUUCCAUCCCUUUAUGACAGUAAUAGCUGAGAUCUCUCCUCCCAGCUGCCUUAUUCCCCAGAAGCUGAUGUGGUGGCACACACGUGUAAUCCAAGCACUUAAGAGGUGGAGGCAGGAGGAUCAGGAUUUCAAGGUUAUCCUCUGCUACACAAUGAGUUUGAAGCUGGCCUGAGUUGUUUAAGAUCUACUCUCAGAAAACAAAGCAAAGAUUGGCCACGGUGGCUCACAUCUUCGGACUCAGUGGAAGCAGAGGGCAUGGAGAAGCGGGCGGCCUGGGAGCCGCAGGGCGCCGAUGCGCUGCGGCGCUUCCAAGGACUGCUGCUGGACCGCCGCGGCCGGCUGCACAGCCAAGUGCUGCGCCUGCGCGAAGUGGCCCGGAGGCUGGAGCGUCUACGCAGGCGCUCCCUGGCGGCCAACGUGGCGGGUAGCUCGCUGAGCGCCGCGGGCGCCUUGGCUGCCGUCGUGGGGUUGUCCCUCAGCCCGGUCACCCUGGGAGCCUCCCUGGUGGCGUCGGCCGUGGGCUUAGGGGUGGCCACCGCCGGAGGGGCAGUCACCAUCACGUCCGACCUCUCCCUGAUCUUCUGCAAUUCCCGGGAGGUGCGGAGGGUGCAGGAGAUCGCCGCCACCUGCCAGGACCAGAUGCGCGAGCUGCUGAGCUGCCUGGAGUUCUUCUGUCGGUGGCAGGGGCGCGGGGACCGCCAGCUGCUGCAGAGCGGGAGGGACGCCUCCAUGGCUCUUUACAACUCUGUCUACUUCAUCGUCUUCUUCGGUUCACGGGGCUUCCUUAUCCCCAGGCGCGCCGAGGGGGCCACCAAAGUUAGCCAGGCCGUGCUGAAGGCCAAGAUUCAGAAACUGUCUGAGAGCCUGGAGUCCUGCACUGACGCCCUGGAUGAACUUAGUGAGCAGCUGGAGUCCCGGGUCCAGCUCUGCACCAAGGCCGGCCGUGGCCACAACCUCGGGAUCUCCGCUGAGCUGGACGCUGCGUUCUUUUUCUAAGAGCAUCCUCUACCCAUUUGGAAUGUUCUAGAUUCGUAGCAUCCACAGAGGAAUGCUACAUGGGUGGAGAGCAAAAGGGAUGAUACAAUCUCUUCUUGCUGGGCAUCAGUCCUUAACUCCUUGUGUGUAUGAAGGACGUUUCGCUUGUGUAAUCCCAAUUGAGUAUGUGAUCCUUUUUGUCUUUGUAGGGAUUGUAGACCCAGACUGGGCCGCGGAGCUGACCUGCUCUGCUAUUCCCACCCCAGCCAGUUUAUUCACUCCCAGACCAAGCCUGGCUAUUGCAUAGACCUUUCCAGCAUGGCUUCACAUUCUAGGUACCCUGAGAGGGGAAAGACGCCGGAAGAGUCACUUUAAUCCCAACACACUCACCCUCUUCACUUCCGUAAAGAAGCUGGGGGAGGGGCGAGAUGAAGUCCCUGACAAUUGUAAAUGACUGAGGAGUCCCGAUUGAUCACAGGCUCUGUCCCCUACCAUCAACUGCUGGGCUCGGUCCCAGAUUUCUGAAAUCAGAGACUGAAAAUAUGAGACCGACCUCUGGCUGAUUCUGAUGCCCUGUAAACAUUUGAAAACUACAGCGGCAAAUGUUCAGCUCCAGCCAGGUGCGGAGGGGCAUGCCUGUUAAAGGCCAGCUCCUGGAGAUGGAGACAGGGGGACCAGUAGUGCAGGAUCAUUCUUGGCUACAUAGUAAACUCAAGGUCACUUAGGAUUAUGAAACUCUGGUCUCAAAAACCAAAACAAAAAGCACGUAACUUCUUACUACCUUCAGUUGUACAAAGACCCUCCUGGGUCUUGGGGCCUUCAGAGUCACUCUCAGAAAGUCCAGGAGAGACUGGCCCAGAAGCCAAAGGACUAUGCUGUGCGCUUGUAAAGCACUCUGACCCCUAUAAACUAGGAGCCAGAACACCACAGACUCUUUAGAGGGCAGUAUUGCCCAUUCCUUGUAGAGACUGGUACAGAAGUAAUGUGAACUUACCAGCAAAACCAAACAAAAAAAACCCCUCUUUAUUCUCUGAGAAUUCUAGACAACAUAUCUGUAUUUAUUUAAAAUUAGUUAUUUAAUUUCUGCAUAUUAUUUACAUUUGGUUUUAUUUAACCAUCACAUUUAGAAAAUAAUAAGAAUAGUAAGUGUCUGAACAGGAAGAGAGUUUCUUCAGGCUCUUCCAAGAGGUCAGGUUUGGAUUUCUAGAGUCUUUUUCCCCCAGAGAGGACGCUCUAGUGUUUUGCACGAUCCUUGUAAGUAAGAUGGGGGAAUCCCGAAGAGAGAGACUAAGUUGAUUUUUAAACUAGUAAAUGGAGUCUUGUAUUGUGGACUAUAUGAAUGAUUAAGCCUAUGUGUCCUGAAGGUACUUUGCCAGAAAACACUUGACUUGAAAAAGAAAACCUAUUUAAUUCAGGGGUCAAGGAAUAGAGACACGUAAAGGAAGCAUUUAGGCCUCGGAAAACGGAUGUCCUAUGAAAUUCUGUUUUUAUAAAAUUGUGUUAUGGUAGAGAUCUGUCAAUUUUGACUUUGGGGCUAUAAGAAACUUGUUAUCUAUGUUUAAGAAAGUACUUCUAAUUUAUUCAAUGUCUUCCUAAAUUAUCCUUUAAAAAAGGUUGGAAAGUCUAUGGGACCUUGACUGUAUAUUUAAAUUAUUUAAUGUUAUAUACACUUGCACAGCCCCUGGGCUUCCCAAUGAUGGCCGUGUGUCUGAGGACGUGUAAUGUUGGCAUGAGGGGGAGGGGCUGCCAUUCCUGUAUUUGUUUCUGUUUCCUAUAAAGUGUAAUUGGGAUAUAUCCUGAUUGAAUUUGA